CGCCCAUGAGCACAAAUCGCUGUCUCAAAGUUAUGCUAAUCUCACAGUGGGGCUUCGUGGAGAUGAUCCAAAUCUCAGCGAUCCCACAAACAUUUGCCGCCCACUCGUCGAGAGACACAUUACAGACGCCUCUUGGCGCAGCGUUGUUUUAUUAAGGAAGAGAAAAACCACUCGGAAUGAGCGCAUCGCGGAGACACUCGCCGGAUAUGAAUUGCCGUGCCAGUUUCCAUCAAGAUCAAGGCAGCCUGUCGGUUCCUCAGUGAGGUGUUGAGUCAGGAGGGACAGCAACACCUCGUCAUCUGGACGGAUCUAGAUAGCAACGAAGGCCAAUGACGGGGAGACGACACCCAUCACGUUUCCGAUAUCACCUCUUCUUUAUUCCGACAUGCUUUGGAUCUCCAGACACUCAUUGCAUUGUCCAUGCGGCACUAAACCCCUGGCUAUCGGCGCGACCAUCCCAAAUUAGGCUCUUGGGCUGGUGACACACUUGGGUCGCAGUGCACAGCACAAGGCCACUAAACCCCCCUGCCGCUUGCCAGCCAGCUGGGACCCUUUAAUUAUGAACGGGACUUGCCUUGAAACUGGCAACCUCGCUCGACUCGACCUUCGACUCAACUCGAUCCCGACCCAGCACCUCAUCGUUCUUCGACCUCGGCCAUCUUGUCUCCCCGUUCCCAACGGCUUUUCUCCAACCGUCGCACCGUUUUAUCCCUCAUAACUGUCGCCAAAAUGUCUCCCACUGACGAAGAGCUCGACCGCGACUGGAAGCCCAAUGGCCGCCGCCCGCAAUCGACUAUUGCCAAAGUGUUUUCGGAAGAGCUCAUGAACAUUUUCCGCAUCGACAACAGUGUUGCAGACCUCGACGAGCAAGUCGAUAAACGGAAGAAGGAGAUUGACAGUCAGACUUCGGAGCUCGAGGCCCUCGAGCGGCGCAUUCGUGAGAUGGAAGAGCGGUUGAAGGGAGGCAAGUCACAGACGGGUGCUGGCGACAGCUCGAGGACAGCAGCCUCGGCGGCCGAGAAAGAUCAACACAAGUAUGGCGGCGGCAGCCGCCCAGGAACAGCGCGGCAAGGCCAGCAGGCCGUUCCGGGAGCUCUCCCGCCCACACCUGUGGAAAGCGAAGACGGUGACCGUGAAAGACGACAGGAUUCCUAGAUUGUCUCUCCCCCUUGCGUUUCUUGUUUUCCACCUCAUGCGAGCAUCACGGCCAUCAUCAUUUUUUUACGCGACGACCAUAUCAUACACACCAUACAGCCACACAUAUAUCAUCGAUGAUGACAUUUUUCCACCACGCAUAAUACCCUCUUACUGGCCGCGACGCCAUACCACGCCACGUACGCUGCCCAGCCACAUUUCUAAUAAUACCCCUAUUUUCACCAGUUUCUCGCCGGCAUUUUGACUUGCUUCAUCCUCGACCUUAGCACACGAGCAGCUGCAGCCCUGACGCUUUACUCCACGCGCCCAUGUGGAGAAAGCGUAUGCACGCCAAGCUCGCCUUGUUUCCUCGUUUCCCCGCCGUCCAAACCUCCAUCUGCCCGCCGACUUCUCUUGACUGCACUUUUGUUUAUUCUCCCUUGGUAGCUCUUCUCCUCUUGUUCUUUUUUGGGGCAUUCUCUUCGCAAUAAUUUGGAUGAACUUGGGUUUUUACACAACCUCUGGGUAUCGAUUUGACUGCAGAAUAAUGACACGAGGAACGAAACUAUAGGGGGCGAUGAAGACGGUGUGCAAGUGAAUAUGGAUCAGAUAAGUAUACAUGGUGAUAUAUCUGGUUCGGGAGGGUGGGCAGACGAUGGGAGGGACGGGGGAAAAGAGGAGAGAGUGUUGAGGUCAGGAUAGGGGAAGAGAGAGGACAUAUUGUACAUAGACGCAUAUCUCGAAUUGCAGCAGCAAGCAUGUCGGCAUCAUGGAAAGUUGUCUUUGCACUACUUACUGGAAAGUAAACUACCACAACGAAUAACUGAAAAAAUCAUGCAUUUUUCCGGUGUUGUGCA